AUGUCCUACCGCAGCCACUCCCACUCCUCCCAAUCCUCUAUCGAGUCUGUGACUUCUGCUGGGCGCCGCCGGCAGGCUGCUGCGUGGGAUGCGCGUCGGGCGGACAACGCUCGGGCUCGCGACGCGGACGCGAGGGAGGCGCGGCUCACGGAGGCAGAGAGGAGGGAGUGGGAGGCGGCGGCGCUGCAGGCUGCAGUGGUCCAGGCGGAGCGGCUCACGGCCGCAGAGCUCGCGGCCGAGCAGGCUGCCGUGACAGCCAGGGAAGCGGCGGCGGCUGCCCAGGCGGCAGCGGCUGCAGCAGCGGCCCAACGCGCGGAGGCGGGCGCGGACCGACUCGACUACGACGACGCGGAUAGGUGUGGCUUCGAUGUACGCCGUCGGGCGGAUCACAACUUCGAGCCUUCGAGGAGGAUGCGGACGCGGACGGCUUCGACGAUCUCCCAGGCGGAUGCAGUCUUGGAGGCGGACACGGUCGUGAUGGCCUCGGACGAGACGAGCGGAUUCGGCCCGAUGCGGAUGACCUGA